CGGCUGAAGUACCCGCCCGAAUCCACGCCGGCGAAUUCUGCAGCGGCUAUCUUCUUCUUUUUCUCUGCAGUUUCCAUGGCCUGCUCUGGACUGCUCUUCAAUUCCUUCGUCGACAAUAAGUGCUUUCGACCUUGCCAUCUCAAGCCUGCGGUUUCUUAUCCAAGAUCGCUCUCGACUUCAAGAGUUUAUCUGACUCCAAGUUUGAGGAUUUCCAUGUCAAUGGAGGAAAAUGGAGCUCCGACACAGGGGCUCGAAGUAUCAAGGAAGAAGGUACCUCAUGUGUUGACGGUGGCUGGCUCUGAUUCCGGUGCCGGAGCUGGAAUUCAAGCUGACCUUAAGGCCUGUGCUGCUCGUGGAGUGUAUUGUUCCACUGUGAUUACUGCAGUUACUGCGCAGAACACUGCCGGAGUUCAGGGAAUAAACAUCGUGCCUGAUGAAUUUGUUGCUCAACAGUUGAAGUCUGUGCUCUCUGACAUGGAAGUUGAUGUGGUGAAAACAGGAAUGUUGCCCUCUAUCGAGAUAGUUAAAGUUCUUCAGCGAAGUCUUAAGGAGUUUCCUGUUCGAGCUGUAGUUGUCGAUCCUGUUAUGGUAUCUACGAGCGGAGACGUGCUAGCAGAUCCUUCCAUUCUGUCAAGUUUUCGGGAGGAGCUGCUUAUGAUGGCUGAUAUCUUGACCCCUAACCUUAAAGAGGCAUCUAAUUUACUUGGUGGAAUGCGACUAGAGACAGUUGCUGACAUGCGACAUGCAGCUAAGCUAUUGCACUCCCUGGGUCCGAGGAGUGUGCUUGUCAAAGGUGGUGAUCUUCCCGAGUCUUUUGAUGCUGUUGAUGUUUUCUUUGAUGGUGAAGAGUAUCAUGAACUACGCUCUCCUCGUGUAAAAACUCGCAACACCCACGGAACCGGUUGCACGUUGGCGUCAUGCAUAGCUGCUGAGCUAGCCAAAGGGUCCUCUAUGCUAUCUGCUGUGAAGCUAGCUAAGCGCUAUGUUGAGACUGCCUUGGAGUAUAGUAAAGACAUUAUCUUAGGAAAUGGAGCUCAGGGUCCUUUUGACCACUUUUUAAGGCUCAAGCAUAACUCUGGCACAGGGGUAACUUUCAGUGGGAAUGACUUGUUUCUGUAUGCUGUUACUGACUCUGGGAUGAAUGAGAAAUGGGGACGGCCGAUGGAAGUUGCAGUUAAAGAAGCAAUCGAAGGAGGUGCCUCUAUAAUUCAACUAAGGGAGAAAACUGCAGAAACGAGAAAGUUCAUUGAAACAGCAAAAGCUUGUCUGGAGAUCUGCCGUCCCUACAAGGUGCCUCUGUUGAUAAAUGACCGUAUUGAUGUAGCCCUUGCGUCUGAUGCUGACGGAGUCCAUCUCGGGCAAUCAGACACGCCUGCCCAGGUUGCCAGGGCUCUUCUCGGACCAGAGAAGGCAAUUGGUGUUUCAUGCAAGACGGUGGAACAAGCUCACAAAGCAUGGCUUGAUGGUGCGGAUUACAUUGGCUGUGGUGGGGUCUAUCCAACUAGCACCAAGGCAAACAACACCACAGUGGGUUUGGACGGGCUGAAAACCGUUUGCUUGGCUUCCAAGCUACCUGUGGUGGCGAUUGGUGGAAUCAAUGCUUCUAAUGCGAUCCCCGUGCUGGGGAUUGGUGCGCCGAAUCUUAAAGGUGUUGCAGUUGUUUCGGCUGUGUUUGACAGAUCGAGCGUUGCAACAGAAACGAGGAACUUGCAUAGUAUGCUGACGGAAGCUGUGUCCAAGGCCAACUGAAGCAGCUCCUGCUUUUGAUACGUAAAGUGUGAAGAUUUCAAUAGCAUUGUUUUCAUAAUGGUGGAUGAUAACUUUGCUUCCUUGCGUUGAGAUUCAAAUAAGGUGCGGUGCACAUGUAGAAAAUGAGUCUAGCUUCAAUUUUGGAAAAGGUUGCUAUAUAUUCGAGCAACUUAAAAAUUAGACCUGUUUGCUGGAGUAAACGCACAAGCUUGUAUUAUCCAUUAGGCCAAGAUUAAAGAGGAAGAUCUGUUAUUUCGUACCUCUGUUGUAAACUAUUUUAAGGAAAUCUGAAGGUGAUCUUAUAAUUCUAUACUAGAUGGGAUCCAUUAGUGUUGGUCGAUUUUAUUUAGAUUAGCAAUUCGUGAUAACUUACAACCGAUUUUAGCGAUAUAUUGAUAUGCUAUAAGUUGAAGUUGAACCAUAGUUGUGCCAUUAAAAAUACUAUUUCUCU